AUGAAGAAAGGAUUAUAGUUUUUUUCCAUCGAAGAGCCAUAUCACGGUUGUUGAUAUGAGCAAGGCUGAAACAUUUUGCACAGCCUCCUGGCGUCCUUCCCAGAGUUUCUGCGGCUGACAUGGCUAGCGAGGAAACAUAAGUAUGCCCUGCCAUGGUCCAAUGCUCCAUAUCCUCUCAUUCCGCUCUACUGCUAAUCGCGAAAUACGGAGUACGACAAGUCUAGACGGAGUUACUCGGAACAUGGCUCGCCAGCUGAAGGCAUCAAGGGUGUCCACUCUGGCACUGAGCACUAUGAGAGAUGCUUUCGAAGGUCUUGCAAACACUAUCACACCGGCGGACUCCGAAAUUGUGAAAUCAGCAUCGAAUCUGGACCAAGUUCGUGCAGCUGCUGAAGAGAUUGAGACACAACUCGCAGCGCGACAGACCCUUCGCAAUAUGCGAAGGCUUACCCCUCUUCUGAACGGUCUAGAGCACUAUGCGAAGGCAGUCGAGGUCUUGUGCAACGGGACUCCAUAUCUGGCCUGGAUCUGGAGUCCAAUCACUCUCGUACUGAGAGUCGCCUCAGAGUAUGUCGAAGCCUUCGAGGCCAUCAUGAAGGGGUACAGCCGAAUUGCCGAAUCUCUCAAGCGUUUCUCUAUACUCAACGAGACAUUUUCCACGAACACCGGUUUUCAGGAGACUCUCGCAGUCUUCUACGCAGAUAUUCUAGAGUUUCAUAAACAUGCUUACAAGUUUGUUCGUCGGAAAGGGUGGAGGCUCCUUUUCCACACUUCCUGGGGCCGCUUUCAGCGUCGAUUUGACAAUAUUCUCGAAGACCUGAGAUGUCAUGGGGAAUUGAUUGAUUUGGAGGCCAACGCUCGUGAUAUAUCUGAAGCCCAUCGAAUGCGCCAGCAAUUGUGCACCUGGAGAGAAGAAAGUCUCGAGAGCGUCAAGCGUCAAGAAGAACAGCAAACUACAAAAGAGUAUAAAGAGCUUCUGUCAUGGUUGAAGGUGGACGAAACCGAGCAAGUUUCCAUCUUCGAUGGCAUAGCUGAAGUGGGAACCAAAUAUCCCGGAACCUGUGGAUGGAUCCUCCAGCACCCAAAGAUUAAUGAUUGGCUGAAACAGAAGAGUGACUGUCGGUUUAUUUGGCUCCGAGGAAGUCCAGGCUCGGGAAAGAGCGUCCUAUCGGCCCAACUUGUGAAAUUUCUCUCCAUGAAUUGUACAGUCGUCACCCACUUUUGCACCUAUGCGUACCCGAACUCCACAAAAUAUGAGUGGAUACUCAGGUCCAUAUUGAUACAACUAGUUCUUGGCCAUGACGAACUGGUGGCUCACAUGUAUCGCGAAUGCGGUCUGAACAAGCGCUCGCCGUCCUUAUCCACCCUGGAACAGCUGGUCGAUGUCAUGCUCAAAGGCAUAUCAGAAAACCCACGCGAAAGUAGGUCCAUCUGGAUUGUUGUAGAUGGACUUGACGAGUGUGAACCGGAGAAACAGCCAAGACUACUCAGCUUGCUGAACCAAAUGUCAGCCAGAAGGGGAUCCGAAGACGGAUACGUGUGCAAGGUCCUCGUCUCAAGUCGAACAUCAGUUGUGCUGAAAAAGCGCCUUAAAAAUGGGGAAGUAGUACCUCUCAGCGAUGAGCAACAGAAGCCCAGCUUAAAGGCUGCCAUCAAGCAAUACACUUGUCGCCGGAUGCAGCUCGACGUACUCGGCGAUAAAAUCCGGGCUCUUGAUCUCGAGCCUACAGAACUCCAGGAAAUCCAAUCACUCAUCAGCGUCAAGUCAGAUGGAAUGUUUCUUUAUGCCCGUCUCGUUCUAGACCAUCUAGCAGCAAACAUUUUCUAUUCCGGCGCAGAAAUUAUCGAAUGUGUGCGCACAUUGCCAAAAGGUUUACACGAAUUUUACGAGAAGAUAAUGGCUCAAAUUCUAGCUAGAUUGGAUUCCCGUUCGGUCGAUCGUAUCCGAUGCAUCCUUGGAUGGAUUGCGUUCUCGAAAAGACCGCUCAAGAGACUCGAGUUCCUGUCAGCUCUUUCCUUCAGUUCUGGAAGCUUCGACGUUGAUCGCCUAGUGCCGCAUUAUGUGCUUGACGCAUGCAGCCCCCUCAUUGAGGAACGAAAAGACACCAGUUUCGCUUUUAUCCACGUCUCUGUAAAAGAUUAUCUUCAAAGCUCAGGAGUUAGCUUGCUUCUCAAAGAACAAGAAACCCUCCGUGAACACGGACAAGCAACAUUCGCAUGCCUUCUCUCUGGCCUUGAAGCUUUCAGCAAUACAACUACAUGCAACGGCCAAAUGAGAAAUCUUCGUCUGGUCAAGGGCCUACAUGGGUUCCACGUGUACGCAACGGAAUAUUGGACGGAUUACUUGCUCAAUGAGGCUGUUAGCGGCUUUGAUACUUCUUCAACUUUCUUCCGACUCGCUAAUGUGCUCUCGGAGAAGCUAGAAAAAUUGACCGGGAUUCCGAUCGAACUGGAGACCGCUGACACUAUCGAUGAGAGGCUGAGUUCCAUAAAACAAUACAAAGUACUUUACCGGCAAGUGAGAGGUGCCUUGAUAGCGAGGUCCCUUAAGCAACUGCAGACACAAUUGAUGAUCGAAACUGGACCUGGCAAUGGCCAAAUCCCUUCAUGCUCGAGUCCGCCAAAGGGCAGUAUUACUAUACUAUUGGAAUCGUAUCAAAACGCCGUGAAACAUCUCGUUAACCAAGACUCCUGUCCCGGAGCAUCCGCAGAAGAUUUGGAGCUGUUUAAGAGAGUAUUCCGCACGUCUGCCUACACUUGUCGCUUACAUACCUGUCCAAGUGCAACUACCGGCUUCGAAUCAGAGGAAGCCCGACACGAUCAUGAGAUGGGCCAUGCUGGGGGUUUCCGGUGCUCUGCCCCUCUGUGCCAAUAUCCACCUUUCCGGAGCGCUCAGUUAUUGAAGAAUCAUGUUGCCCAUUGCCAUAACCCUACUCCGCCAUUUAGGUCUUUACGUCGGGUGGGCCAGCUUCCUACAGGAGGCCACGACUUUGUUCAUUGGUCCCGGAAUCCUGCUGGUGAAACGAGAGUACGUCUUCGCAGCGGAAAUGACAAUCAUUCCGGCAUAGCAACUGCACCGAUCGAGGAACCGGUGGAUAAGCUGUCCCAACAAGUGCUUUCCGUGGGCAUACCCGACAGGCAAGACGAAAGCCGGGACGGCGGGCCUGCAGCCCUUGAUUUUGACACUCUGAUCAGUCUCGGACCCUCCCACUUUGACUUUGACGCAUUAUUGAAUGGAGCCGACGUAAACUCACAACCAUCGGGAUCUGGGACCCAGACUGGGCUGUUGAAUGAUAGUUCACCUUAUGCCGGAUUACCCCCAAAAAGGCCUAGGCGCGCGGUUGUUAUGCCCGGACAGUCAGUUCAACCACCUUCUAAACCAGCUCCUGACGUUCUUGAGGCACCAAUUCCACAGAUGGGUACCGGAGGUUCCAAUGUCUCUCAGAAUUACUUGGCGCCUGUGGACCCAACCUAUACCCCGACACUGUCCGUGCAUAAUACGCUUCCCGAAUCAAUCAAGUGUAUAUGCUCCAAUUUCCUGCCAGCAUCAACGUCGCAGUGCCGCCGGUGCGCAACUUGCGGUGGAAUUCACCACAUCAGAUGCUACCGUCAAUUACCAAAAUAUGUUGAGGGGUUUGAGCAAUUCUGUGCGUCAUGUUUCCAUCAGAGUUUGCCUCCGGCUGUUACGAGCAUCCAAGAAGUAUAUCCAAACCGAGUCUCGACCAACGACCCUAGCGGAAAUGAUGGUACGGCUCCUGCAAGGGAAAUGAAUGAGCAACAUGUCCCCGUCCAUGGUCAGGCCAUCUGGUCAUGCCACGCGCCGACACUGGUAGAUCCUAGCAGAUUCUAUCACGAAUUAUGCUUUCCCGCCGCAUUAAUAAGCGAAGACCCCUUAUGCUACUUAUGUGGCACCAAACGUGAAUAUCUGCCAACAAAAAGUCAAUUGAUCUCGCAUGUAUCCGGUCAUAGACUUGGCCUCUGCGAUAGCACGGCUAUGUAUCAUGAUUUUAAGGAGUUCUGUAAACACUUUCGAGAGUUCCAUGGAGCUUCGUACGUUAGUUGGGACAAAGGGAAGUUCGAAGGCUUCUUCAGACGGGGCGUGCACCUGAAUGCAAAGCCUGGACGGAACGGGAGGAAUGCACUGUCUACAGACAGCGGCACAGUUGAUCCUGCGGGCCCGAGAAUCAAUAACAGCGUCUCAACGUCUAACACAAGCGCGACUGCCCUUAACCCGGAUGUGAGAGUGAAGAUCACAAACCAGUCCAAAGAUGAGCGUAAAAGAAAAAGGACCGGGGACAAUUCCGGUAACUCCGUCAUGGCAAAAUGGCCAUCCCCAUGUAUUGAAUGUGGCAAAAUGUUCAAUUCGAUGCGGGAGCGAGAUUUACAUGUCAGUAAUAGCCAUUUCGAGCUCGCUGCAUGGCCUCGUUACAAGUGCUUAAGGUGUGGAUUCUCCAUCCGCGAAGCCCUCAGUACUACAUGUUGGAGCUUGCUGAGUUACCAUAUCUUUUCCUGCCAAAAUGGCCUGAAACUUUUCCGAGAGAAAAUGAUGGCCAGCUACGGCGAUGAUUAUACGCAAUUUGAUCUCGAUCGGCAAUGUGGAGUCAUGGACCGUCAUGGAGUUCCGUGCAAUAAGCCUCUGAGUUGUUCCAAACAUACUGGCGAAUCGAAAAAGUCUGUCCCAGGGAGAAAUCAACCAUUCGCCGAUCUACUUGAACGAGAACUAAGCGGAGAGUACAGGCUGCUUUCGACGGAGUACUGAAACUAAUUCCGUCUUAUCUCAAAGUCUGCAGCGUCCCGGGACGGACCGUAGUAUGUCCAAAAUAAAUGUCUCAUCUAUUCACCCUGCAUCCAGAUGAGUUUACAGCCCAUCAUAUGAUUUCUUUUGCAAUUCUUCCCGAUUUAAAUACUAUAUGAACGCUCCAGCUGCGCUACUAUGGCUACAAGGAAUCUAAGAUCCGCAGUCUAUGGCUAUUUGAUAAUUAACAACAGUCUACACGCUUGUAUACACAGUAUGGGCCGAGUAGCGUCUUCCUUUUGUGGAUGUUGAUAGGCAUUGUGUUCUUUAUCGUCGACGAUGUGAAGUGGCAAAACUUGUUCAUAUACAGGGUAGCGUGGGGCAACAGGGGGAAUACGACUUAUAACCUUAUAAGGAACGAGUGUAGAUAAAGCAUACGUGUAGA